AUGGUGGCCACCGAGUUCCUGAGCUACAUCAACUCGUUCUCGGCGGUGACGUACGUGGGCGUGGAGGACUUGGCGGAUCGUGCCAACUUCCAGUGGAACGUGAUCAUCUUGCUCAUCUGCAUGGUGCUGGUGACGGCGCGCCAGUACUUCAUGGCGCCGCUCAUCUGCUACCUGCCCACCACCGUGUCGGGCGUCAACAUCGAGGCGUACAUGACCAACCUGUGCUGGGUCGAGGGCACCUACCCCAUGAACGUCAGCUCGGGCGUGGCGCGCGACUGGCGACAACUGGAGCCCACGCAAAUGAGUGAGUCUUUUAUGCUCUCUCUUUCUUUCUUUCUUUCUUUCUUUCUUUCUUUCUUUCUUUCUUUCUUUCUUUCUUUCUUUCUUUCUUUCUUUCUCUCUCACACACAGGAA